AUGGCUGACAGCGAGGACCGCAGCCGGGUGCGAUCGCCAGGCCGAGGGACGAUCGCAGCCCACGCGCAGCGCGGUGGGGCCGUCUCGCACAGUUCUGGCGGUUCCACCAAGGGGCUCGUGUCUGGUGCCUUGCGCAGUGACGAUUUCCAGCGUCCUCCGGACCGGACAGACUCGUAUCCCACGCCACAGACCCACAGACACGUGUCAACGCUGGGAGGCAAGUUCAGCUCGACGCAGCCACUGGAAGACCUGAAAAUAAACGACACUCCUGCGUCUGUGCUCAAGAACCUGAAAAACCCGUUUGACGACUCGCCAAACUCGACCAGUACGCCGGCUCGGAGCAAGAACGGGCCGUUGAGCUCGUCGAAGCCCGCUUUCCAAACACCGGCAAACGAUAAACAGCCAAUAGACUCGGCGUCCAUAUUCAAGCAAAUGCGAGAUAAGCUUCCAGAGGCUUUUGAGUACGAUACGGAGGUGGGUCUGGUUUUGGAUGGCUACAGCGAGCCGGACGAGUCUGCAGACCGUUCUGGAGCUGUGUUGCAUGUGAAUGCGGGAUACACCAGCUUGCUGGGCAAGUUUGAUGCCGAGGUAACCGCGAACACGUCUCCAGACACCCAAAUCGAUGCCAAUAUCCACCAGGAAAUCGACGACAAGCUGCGGCAGAGGGAUUUCUUGCACGACGAUGCAGACUACUCGUAUCUCAGCAAUUAUCACAGACGACAGUCGCAGCCCAGCAGCAAACCGUUUGGGCUGCCGAGCUCUACGGAAAACGCCGACCAGCGUGACGUGCAAGUGCCAGGUACUAUUGAAAAAAGCCGAGUAGGAAUCACCUCCAAUAGCAGCCCACUAACAAGCAAAGCUCGCAGUGAGCCGCAGCCGCCCAUUAAAGAUGGCCACGAUGAGCUGAACGACGAAAUCAUCAGCUCCCAAAGUGUCUUCUCGCAAAUUUCGCAUCACAGGCCCACAGACUCGUAUCGCACCCAAAAGGACCCCAUCGGGAGGUCCUCGCCAAACAUGAACGAGCCGUCGUCACAAGAGGUGAGCGAUUUUGAAAUAGACGAUAAGGACAAUAUCAGCGAGACACUCAAGAUCUCCAACUCGCCUAACGACCAUCCGAACACCGCAUCCUCGAUCUCUCAAAAGGAGCUGAAACACUCCAUCACGCGGCUCUCCCAAAACUCGCAAAGCUCACAGAAGGACGACGGCUACGAGUCGUCCCACCCUACUGUCCACAUACCCUCUCAGGACGAAGGUAUACGAGAACUGAGCGAGGAAAUGGAGGAUCCAAACUCGGAUGCCGACGCUAAUUCGACCCCCCUUUCUCAGGUCGCCUAUACCUCCAGCUUGCUUUUGCGUCCAAAACGCAUACUGAAAGGCAGUCCGAGGAAAUUGUCUCAGCGGCAACCUGUAAGACAUGCUCCCCCGGUGAUUGAAUUAGAUGAUAGUUCGAGUGAUGCUUCCAGGAAUAACUCAGACCAGGAGAACACUGACUCCAACUCCGACGAGCAAGAAGUCAAAGACAGUAUGGAUGAGACGCGGAUCAAUUCAAUGCUAGACAGAGACCAAAUUAACCUGCUGCUUGACACCAAAAGAAACUCCCCAGAACUUCCUUCGCCCGAAUUUGAAAACACUGACGACAUUCAAAGCCAAAACACGCAGAAGUCGCUCUCUUUCAAAAGGCGGGACAUCCUCCCCCAGUCGCUCACUCAGGACGAGAUCCUGAGAAUAGAUGAGACAGAAAAACUGUUUCGAAAAGAGGACAUUAUUUUCCCGCGCUCAGUUUGGGUAUCGUUCGACAACUUGAAGCUGCCCUUCAGCAUCACCGAUGUGACGAAAUAUUACAACGAGUCUCACAACGUGCAGUUUUCUGUCUCAGUCGCAAACUCCCAGAUGCUUGAAGUGGUGGACCACGUCAAGCUAUUUGCUCCUCUCUCUAUCAGAGUCGGCGACUAUAUCAAAUUGUUUUCCAAUAGAACUAAAGUGUACAAAGUCACUGGCUUGCAACACGAUCCCAAGAUACCCAAUGCCGUAUGUUGCAUGCGUGGCUUCAACCGCUUAUACCUUUGCGAGAAAGGUUCUGUGCCAAAUGAAGAGUUCAGCGUCCCAUUGGAGGAGGCUUACCUUACUGCGAAUCUUUCAGGCAAGAUAAAGUUCAAGAUAUUUGACAACGAGCAGUAUUUCCACGACUUCUUGUCGGAUUUGCAAUUACAGGGCGGUCCGAUAAUGCAGAACGCUCUUCAAAAAGAAUAUCUGCCUUUUCAUGGUUGCGUAUUCGUGUUUACCUCUGCCCCACAUCAGUCGGAAACUAACGAGGCAACGAAAGUGAGAGAAAUGAUCAGGUUCGUGGAGAAACAGGGAGGACUGAUAAUCGAAGAGGGUUUUCCCAAACUCUUCCAAAUAAAUGAAGCAGAGCUCAAACCUGCCAAAUUACUUGAGCAGCUCCAAUUCGCGGCCCUGUUAUCUCCCAAACAUGUGAGAACCAUGAAAUAUCUGCAGUCCCUGUCUCUGGGAUGGCCUAUUUUAUCAACGGCCUUUCUUGAAGACCUGAUGCGGAACCCGGACCAACUUAGCAGAUGGAAGUCUACGUUCCAUAAUUACAUGCUCCCUGCGGGACAUAGCAAAAUUCGCAACUGCAUACUGAAUGCCAACGUGUUCCCUUUCCUACAGAAUUUCCACAACGGGAAGCGUCUUCACGAGCAAAUGGGGCUUGUCCGUUUGUUGGAUGGAUUGACCGUUGUUGUUGACCGCAGCAGUCUGCCAGUCAGAGCGAGGGACAUUGAUUUCCUGCUCAAGGCGCUCGGCUGCCGCAGUACACGGGUCAUACCCGAGAUCUCUCUUCAAGAAGCAACAACACUUGACCGCGAGAGUCUCCUGCUCACGGAUAUGGACAGGAAGUCUCUGGAUGCCCACGUGCACAAACGGCGGCCUAAACGACAGCGAAGGGAGAGUUCGGCUGGGGAGUUUGAGGUCUCAGUUGUUGACUGGGAGUGGCUUGUGCAGUGCAUCAUUGGUGGCACGCGGUUCGAUCCUGUUUUCCGCUGGAAAGUGUCUUCAUUGCGCAAGUAA